GUGCUAUUGCUGUGUCAAACAAUGGGAGUUGGCAUUCUUGGGAAUUUCUUCAUCCUGGGCCUAUACACCUUCACUUUACUCACAGGCCAUAAGCUGAAGCCCAUAGAGGUAAUUUUUGCCCACCUAGCUUUGGCCAAUUCAAAAGUGAUACUCUCCAGAGGGAUCCCUCAGCUGAUUGUCUGCUUGGGCUUCAAAAAUUUCUUGGAUCCCAUUGGGUGCAAAUUUAUUGUUUAUCUUUUUGUUGUGGCCCGGAGUGUUUCUCUCAGCAUGACCUGCCUCUUGAGUGGUUUUCAGGUAUCGACUAAUAAUACAAAGAUAUGGUAUCUGGGAUAUUGUUCAAUUUUAACUCCUGCCUCUUUUAAUGCUGUGCUUUUUGCAAUUGUCUUUUCUAUGCCUGAUAUUAUAUGUGUGGGAUUCAUGAUCUGUUCCAGUGCUUACUUAGUGCUUCUCCUGCACAGACACCAUCAGCAAGUCCAACAUAUUCAUAGCCCUCAUCUCUCUUCCAGAACUGUUCCUGAGAAAAGAGCCACCCAGGCAAUCCUCCUACUAGUGAUCACCUAUGUCUCCUUUUAUUCCAUUAAUUCUAGCUUGUCAUUUUACCAGUUUAAAACUGACAAAUUUCCACCCUGGCUCGUGGCUGCCACAGACCUCCUAGCUGCAUGGUUCCCAGCCAUCAGCCCUUUUGUGCUGAUCUUCUUUGACUCCCAAGUCCUCAAAUAUUGGUAUGCUCUGUGGCAUAGGAGGCAUUGCUGUCUCCUAUGCCACACUGUCCACAACCAUACCCAUUUCCAGAAUUCUUCCCUAACACUAUAG